AUGUCCGAGACAUUUCAGGAACUGGCCGAUAUCCCCAAGGAUUUCGUCAAGGAUGGCAUGCUCUUCGUUAACCGAUGCACGAAGCCCGACAAGCGCGAGUUUCUUAAGAUCAGCCAGGCUGUCGGAUUUGGUUUUCUCAUUAUGGGAGCCAUAGGAUACUUCAUCAAAUUAAUACAUAUUCCCGUCAAUAAUAUCCUAGUAGGAGGCGCAUAA